GUAGUAUCAGAUUAUCCAUGCGUCGGAUCGAGAAAAAAGAAAAGAAAGGAUAUUCCAUGCGAUCGCGUUCCAAUCUUUAAAUUAGUCCAGUGCCAGACUCAGACGCUGCCGGUGAUCGAGUCCGUUUUCCAAAAAGAAUGCCGUCAAUCGCGUCGAUUGUUCGCCGGAAACUCCACCACAACCCUUCCAAUCUCCAAUCACGGCUGUUGUUCAGUACAAUUCCGGUGCAGAACAACCGGAGUAAUACCGGAAAAAGGAUUGAGAAGAUACUGGUGGCCAACCGAGGCGAAAUAGCCUGUAGAAUCAUGAGGACCGCCAAAAGACUAGGGCUCCGAACCGUCGCCGUGUACAGCGACGCGGACAGUCACAGUCUCCACGUCAAAUCCGCCGAUGAAUCCGUUCGCAUCGGUCCGCCGCCGGCGAGGUCUAGUUAUCUCAACGCUUCGUCCAUCAUCGAAGCCGCAAUUCGUACCGGUGCUCAGGCUAUCCACCCGGGCUAUGGUUUCUUAUCAGAAAGUGCUGAGUUUGCUCAACUUUGUGAAGAUGAGGGUUUUACAUUUAUUGGACCUCCAGCAUCUGCUAUCAGGGACAUGGGUGAUAAAAGUGCAUCAAAGAGGAUAAUGGGUGCAGCAGGGGUGCCACUUGUGCCUGGAUACCAUGGUCAUGAACAAGAUGUUGACCUCAUGAAGUCAGAAGCAGACAAGAUUGGAUAUCCUAUUUUGAUAAAGCCAACUCAUGGAGGUGGAGGGAAGGGUAUGAGGAUUGUGCAAGGUCCAGGUGAAUUUGUUGACUCGUUUUUGGGAGCGCAACGUGAAGCUGCUGCUUCUUUUGGCGUAGAUACAAUCUUACUUGAGAAAUAUAUCACACGGCCAAGGCACAUAGAAGUCCAGGUAUUUGGGGACAAACAUGGGAACAUCUUACAUUUGUAUGAGAGAGACUGCAGUGUCCAAAGAAGACACCAGAAAAUUAUUGAAGAAGCUCCAGCUCCAAAUGUCUCGAAUGACUUCCGCUCCCAUGUGGGUCAAGCUGCUGUAUCUGCAGCCAAGGCAGUUGGUUAUCACAGUGCUGGCACUGUGGAGUUCAUAGUUGAUACUUCGUCGGGACAAUUUUAUUUCAUGGAGAUGAACACCCGUCUUCAGGUUGAACAUCCUGUGACUGAGAUGAUUAUUGGUCAAGAUCUCGUGGAGUGGCAGAUAAAUGUUGCAAAUGGAGAGCCUCUUCCCAUGAGUCAAUCACAAUUGCCAUUAUCAGGUCAUGCUUUUGAAGCCCGAAUAUAUGCUGAGAAUGUUCCGAAAGGAUUCCUUCCUGCUACUGGUGUUCUUCACCAUUAUAAUCCUGUUCCAACUUCAUCCACAGUUCGGGUUGAAACUGGAGUUGAAGAAGGGGACACUGUGAGCAUGCAUUACGAUCCUAUGAUUGCAAAGCUUGUAGUAUGGGGAGAGAAUCGUUCUGCAGCAUUAGUUAAACUAAAGGACUCCCUGUCAAAGUUUCAGGUAGGAGGUCUCCCGACCAAUAUAAAUUUUCUCUCCAGACUUGCCAACCAUCAGGCAUUCCAAGCUGGUGAAGUAGAGACCCACUUUAUUGAGCACUUUCGAGAUGAUUUGUUUAGUGAUCCAAGUGAUCAAGUAGCGGCACAAAAACCUUAUAAUGCUGCUAAAUUGAGUGCAUCCAUGGUAGCUGCAUGUAUUUGUGAAAAGGAGCACAGAGCAUUGAAGGAGAGGCCCCCUGGAGGGCUCUCGGUUUGGUAUGCUCAUCCCCCUUUUAGAGUUCAUCAUCAUGCAAGGCAAACCAUGGAACUUGAGUGGGUGAAUGAAUACGAUAACAUUGGUUCAAAGCUUUUGACACUUUCUAUCACCUAUCAGCCAGAUGGGAGCUAUCUCAUUGAGACAGGGGAAAGUAGUUCCCCAGGUUUGGAAGUCAAAGUAGCACACUUGGGAGACCGUGAUUUUAGAGUUCAAACUGAUGGUGCAAGCAUGGAUGUUAGUUUAGCAGUUUAUUCCAAGGAUCGGAAUGAGCAUAUUCAUAUAUGGCGUGGUCCACACCAUCAUUACUUCAAACAGAAAAUGGGACUUGAGCUGUCCAAUGAUGAUGAAAUACAACACAAGCCAACUUUUGAGACAGCAUCCCACCCUCCAGGGACUGUGGUGGCACCCAUGGCUGGUUUAGUGGUUAAAGUUCUCGUAAAGAAUGGGAAGAAGGUUGAAGAAGGGCAACCUAUAGUAGUCUUAGAAGCUAUGAAGAUGGAGCAUGUUGUGAAGGCCCCAUCUGCUGGAUUUAUCCAUGGGCUUCAGGUUGCAGCAGGCCAACAAGUAUCUGACAGUAGCGUUCUCUUUUAUGUCAAGGAUGAAUGAAAAACGGCUUGACUUCGAGUCCUUGCUAAUGUGGAGAAAUCUCAACUGUAAUUGCACAGAGGCUAUGAGAAACUGAUACAUGAUGAUGCAUUGGGCAUAUUUUGUUUCUUCUUUGAUUUAAUGUCUUCAAAAUUCCGAUAUGUAAAAUAAUAAACCUCCGUGUAGAUUAACCCAAACCUAACAUUCUUCAAGAUGGAGCUCUCUUGUUCUUGGCAA